AUUCACAGUUCCCUUUUUAUGUCAAAAGCAAAGCAAUUCCGGUUUUCCAAAAUCGAAAGCAAAAGGUGGAAGUGACCAUGUUCACAUUGAUGCAAAAAACAAAAAUGUGCAUCCAGAGUCCCCUUGCAUUCUUCAUUCAACUGUAAGCCGUCAUGAAGUUCUACACUGUCCUUCUGCUGUGUUCCCUGUUCAACUUCACACAACAGCAGAGUCAACAAAAUCGCUGUUCAUGCGCACUGACUAACAAAGAGAAGGCAUUCCCUCAUGACACCCUAAGCUCAGUGAAUGACGAUGUGUCACAAUGCAAUCACGACGUCACCCCACAGAAGGCUCAGGAAAUUGAACGCCUGCUGCUUGGUUUGGAACAUCGUUUGCCUCAACUGCUAGAAGACGUGUUGAUCUUGGAGAAGGAGGAUGAUGGCGAUCUUUAUGGAGUUGUCAGUCUGCAGGUGAUCGAGAACGAGCUGAAGGAGAUCAAGGAGUAUGUUGACAGGCUGAAGAGAACCACCCAAGGAUACCAGCACCUUUCCACUGACUCUGCCAAACAGUUGACGAACCUGAGAGCGGAGCUGCAGGACUUGGAGCUGUAUGACACCUUUCAGGUGGAGAAGAAACGACAAGACAACCAGCGCCUGAAGAGAGCCCUGCACGAGUGCAAGGGAGAACAUGAACUCAACACGCAGCCCACACCGCCUCCACACGGUUUGUGUCCCCAUGGCAGGUUUGUGAACAUUACCGGGCCUGAGGUCUACUCAGCUGGAGAGUAUCCUGGCUCCUACAAGUAUGGAGCCUGGGGUCGUGACCCAAAACCAGAGGCGGGGAAAGAGAGCUGGUACUGGCGGGUGAUGAUGACCAGCAACAACAGAUAUGCCAACUAUGUCCGUUUUUACUCCAGCCUGAGCACUCUGGUUGUUGGAGUGGGCAUUCCAGAUAAUAUCUUGAUCCAUGUCGCCAAUCCAACCACCAACACCAUUCAAGGACCAAACGUUGUUCUGUAUGAAAAGGUCUUGUACUACAACUGUUAUAACAAAGAUGAUGUUUGUCGGUUCAACCUUACAUCCAAAACCGUCUCCACGCUGGAGUUACCCAAAGGCACCAGAUUUAACUCCAAGGGGAAUUUCUGCCACUUGGAAGAAUGCUACCCAUACACUGACUUUGACUUUGCAACAGAUGAGUCAGGUGUUUGGGUGAUCUACACCACAACCCAGAACUUUGGCAACCUGGUGUUGUCCAAGGUGGAUGAAGGAGAUCCGCCUACGCUCAGCAAAACUUGGCAUACCUCGGUCUUCAAGCAGGCGGUGACCAACACUUUCAUGGCAUGUGGCAUUCUGUAUGGGACACGUUAUGUAGACAAGGACAUGGAAGAGAUCUUCUACUCAUUUGACACCUCCACGGGAGAGGAGAAGUUCAACAUUGGCAUUUUCAUCAACAAGAUGGCCCCUAACAUUUAUUUCUUGAAUUACAGCCCGAUAGACCAGAUGUUAUAUGUCUACACUGAAGGUAACAUGGUCUCCUAUAAGGUUUUAUUUGAAUAAAUGCAACUGGUGACUGAGCCAUAAAAUCGAGAAAAAAGUUUAAGUGAUAAUGCAGAUUUUUUGACAUGAAGUUGUAUGACAUCCCCAUCAGCAGUGAAGUGUAUCAUCAAUGAAUUGCCCUUGUACUUCAUCCCGGGAGCCAAUUAGAUUUUGUUAAUGAGGAACGAACAAAAGCAGCACCGCACAGUGAUAGGACGGGAAAGAGCGUACGUAAGGCCGAGUGAUUGUGAGAUCUGACUUUUUUCAAGGAGGCAUUGUUACAUAUGUGUGUAAAUGUAUUAGUCUUUUGAACACUUACUGUUUUGAGAAGCCAGACUCUUUACCUAAGUGACCAGAACUCUGCUCAUGGACGAAAUGAUGGGUAAGUCACCGUUGAUGCACUAUGCUGCUGAUGGGGUUGUUUUGGAAUCUUGAAAGAAGUGUGUGUGUGUGAAUCCUUGAGGAAUGUUUUACAGUGGAGCCAACCAGUAUUGUUUGUAAAUGUAUUUACGACAGUCCAUCAUUUUAUUCAGCAAUAAUAAAAUAAUUUGCAUUUACUUGACGGCAAUAAUUGAGCCCAAAGAAAAAAAAAGUGUUGAUUGAGAAAGCCUUGUUGGCCGAGGUCAGAUGUUUCUUGUUUCACAAUCAGUAAGGAUUGUGUUGUUGAUGUGUUGCCUCCAAACACAUGCAGUCCACUUGAUGCCAAAGAGUUAAAUUUUGGUCUCACGUGACCACACCCCAUUCUCCCAAUUAUUUUGUGUCAUUCAAGUGUUGAUGGUCAAAUGUCAAACGAGACUGUACAUAUCAAUCCAUUACAGCAAAGUGUUUUUGCUACUAUUAUUUCUGCUGAUUGUGAUCCCAACUCCCUUGGCGUCAUUAACCAGCUACCCCCAUAUUAUUCUUGGCUGCUCCCUCACCUUUCUCACAAUCAUCCUCACCCAUCGCUACACUAGGCCGCUACACCACCACUAGUUGCCUUCUGUCUGACACACAGCUGCAGAUAUCAGCGGGAGAAGAAUGCACCAUAACUAGAGACCCUCUCACUGCUGCAGUUCUCCUUGUGUUGCAUAAGAGCAUUUGGCCCACAAUGAGGACUCACAGGUAGUAAAUGGUGGGAAAGCAUACUGGGAGGCAUGUCAUGCCCAAUUCCAUUGACAAUUUAAGGCGAAAUCACAAAAUCAUCCAAGGAUAUCAAACUAUUGCAAGUUUGAAAGGAUUAGUAUUGGUAUCUGCUUUGGCAAUACUGGUCUUGUAUCUACUUGGUAUCAGGUGGUGCAACCUUAAUGUAUACCAUACAAAAAGGUUUGAUCUUAACAUGUUAAAACGACGAACAUUGCUUGAAACACUUCUCUUUUGGGCUGGCUCCAACUAGCCAGUAAGCUUUACGAGCCUAGCCCCUGAAUCACAGCUCAGACAAUAACACUUCCAUCGCUAUGUAACAACAACAGGAAACAUUUCUGAUUUCAAGAUGCUGUAACCCAAUGUGAAAGGCACAUGUUUGAACUUACCAUUAGUAUACAAUGUAUUUGUGUACUAAUUACAUU